AUGCCGGCCAUUGAAGUGGGCACCCUCGGAGGUGGUACAGUCUUGGAUCCCCGGGGCGGCGUCCUCGACCUUCUCGGCGUCCGUGGCCCGCACCACACACAGCCGGGUGCGAAUGCCCGUCUCCUGGCGCGUAUCGUCGCCGCUGCCACGCUGGCGGGCGAGUUGUGUCUUUGCAGCGCCCUGGCGGCUGGCCAUCUCGUCAGGGCGCCUAAGCAGCAUAAUUGCUCUGCGGCGCCCACGAGAACCAGUGCCCCAGCCCCAAGUUCGAGAGAAAUACCUAACUUUUGGGCGGGCGUUAAAGCCUGUGCGUCAUAA